AUGGCUAAUGAUUGGCUAAUUCGAGCACGUAAAGCUAACACUAAGACUCUGAAUUUAAGUUCGAGGAACAUUACUGAGCUUCCUAAAGGCUUUGAAGAGUUGACUCAGGUUAUAGGAAUCAGUUUAAACAACAACCGUCUGAGGACUCUGUCUCUCGGCCUGCAGUGUAUGCAGCAGUUGACGGAACUUAACCUGGGCAAUAAUGCUUUUGAGGAGAUGCCACCCGUCCUGGAGCAUCUUCACUCCCUGAAAAAGUUGUAUUUGUACAGGAAUCAGAUUUCCAUCCUGCAUCCAGAGGUCCCGAAGAGCCUUUCAAACCUUAUUGUUCUCAACUUGAACCACAACAAAAUCAGAAUGAUUCCUCCAGCUAUAAAGAGCCUUUCAAAUUUGGAAAACUUCAGCAUUGCGGACAAUCAGCUCGAAGAGAUUCCCGCUGAAUUGGGACUGCUCAGUAAGUUGACAGAGUUGAAUUUAGCCAGGAACAAGUUGAGUGAAAUUCCCCAGGAGCUGUAUAAGUUAACCCAUCUGAGAAACCUGAGCUUGGCCAGGAACAGUCUCAGACAGCUACCUGAGGGAAUUCUUGGAUGGAAGCAUCUGAAGAUGUUGGAUGUUGCUGGUAACCUCCUGUCUAUGUUUCCAGCCAAUUUUCACUUACUUGAACUGGAGGAAUUGUACUUUGAAGGCAACAAUCUUGUUCAGUUUGAACUGGUCACAUCCAAUCAAGAGGAUGAAGUUCUCUCUUUAAAGGAACAUGUGGCCAGAUUCAUCCUGAAAGAGCAUUUAAAUAAGUCGUCUAUGGUGUCCAGGACAUCGCUACUCCUUCCAGAUAUAGAGACAACACUGUCCGGGUUUGGAAGGUGCGCCGUGUGCUUUGAGCCCUUUCUGACCACCUGGGUGGAGUGUGUGCAGUUUAUCAACCUGAGAAAGGACAUGGGGAUAAAAAACUCUAUAAAGAAUAUCCCAGUCCGAGCGCUGCUGUGCUCCUACUCCUGCUUCAACAAAAGAGGCCACUCUUUUUACAGGGUUAAAGUAAGGCUGUAA